UCGCCUCCUUCUCUCUGUACGUGCAACUGCGUAGCGGGCAGUCACGUGACCGUGUCAGCGGCUCCGCUCCGUGCACAUUGUCUCUCGUCAUCUUGGCGCACCACCCUGGUUUGGGCAGGGAAACCUACCUACUCUCAUCACCGCAAUCUCAAAAAGCAGGGUGAUAGUAUCAAACAAUGGGGAACAGGGACGAUGAAUACGACUUCUUGUUUAAAGUUGUACUAAUCGGAGACUCUGGAGUAGGGAAAAGUAACCUGCUGUCCCGUUUCACAAGAAAUGAGUUCAACCUGGAGAGCAAGAGCACCAUCGGGGUGGAAUUCGCCACCCGAAGCAUUCAGGUGGACGGCAAAACGAUAAAGGCUCAAAUCUGGGACACAGCUGGGCAGGAGCGCUACAGAGCCAUCACCUCAGCGUAUUAUCGCGGUGCGGUCGGAGCUCUCCUAGUCUACGAUAUCGCAAAGCACCUGACAUAUGAGAACGUUGAACGCUGGUUGAAGGAGCUGAGGGACCACGCUGAUAACAACAUUGUCAUAAUGCUGGUUGGAAACAAGAGCGACCUCCGACACCUCAGGGCCGUGCCCACUGAUGAGGCCCGAGCAUUCGCAGAAAAGAACACACUCUCAUUUAUUGAGACGUCAGCAUUGGACUCCACGAAUGUAGAGGAGGCAUUCAAGAACAUUUUAACAGAAAUCUACCGCAUCGUGUCACAGAAGCAGAUAGCAGACAGAUCUGCGCACGACGAGUCUCCAGGCAACAAUGUCGUAGAUAUAAGUGUCCCGCCAACCACUGACGGGCAGAAGGGCAACAAACUCCAGUGCUGCCAGAGCCUGUGACGCUCGGUCCAAUGACACUCAUCCUCGCCACAUUCACCUCCACAUCACAUCACCUGUGCACUUUUUCCCCCCGUAGCUCUGCUCACGGCCAACUCCCUCACCACUUUAGCCUCUUUUCUUUUCUUUUCUUUUCUUUUUUAACCUUUACUUUUGUUUUAUAAAGUACUUUUGAAGUCACUUGUGCUCUUCUUUUCUGCCAUGAAAGAAACAUUUCAGAAGCCUUUAUGUCACUCAGUCAGUCUGCGUGAAGGUUCCUGUUAUCCAGGAGCCAGGCAGUCUUUGCUGUCUUACUGAAGCCUGUGAAGUUGUUUGAACUGAAACACUGUCCUGUAAAGGGAGGUUGUGAGAUACAUUUCAAUGGUUACCACUAGAUGGUGCUGUGUAAAUAAACUACAGAUAGUUACUCCAACCAGGUGAAGCAGUAUUGUGCUAUUUGACAGUGUGGCUCUUACAUCCUUACACCAUGCCAAAAAAUAUCCUCAUUAUGUAUUUAUUGAAGAAGAUUUGGCUGAAGUCAUCAUUGUUUUACUUUCAGUUUAAGAACUGUGUAAAUUUACAAUAAAAUCCUUGACUGAAGCAGUUUGUUAAAUGGAUAUUUAACAUACUCUGACUUGUUUGGUUUUUGUUUGUUUGUUUUUGUUUUGUUUUUUUCUCAUCAGAAAUGUACUGAACUACGUGGACAAUUUUAAACUAUUCCACACAAAAACCUAAACUGAAAUAUUGUCAUUUUAAUUCUAGCUCUGAAGUCACUUAGAUAACUAUUUUACAUGUGUAAGUGUAAGGUAGGUGAAAAACAUUAAAAUGUUAAAUGGACUGGUA